CCUUGUUCCACCUUUUCACUUUGGCACUCUAAUUUUUCAUUUACUUUUAAUGCUUGUUUGGUUUUAUAACUGCUCUAUUGUAAAUUCAGACAUUUUAUGAAAGAAAAUUCAAGGGCAGAACACACAUAUACAAAAAUGGGUUCAUUCAAAAAAAGAGCGCAGCGCAAGUCCCAGUUCAAAAAGCAACUCCUCCAACGUGGUUUAACCUUAUAUUCCACUACAUGACGCAAAAGGAAGUCGAACGGGACCCGCGUAUGAGGAGGCAGUCUCUUAUCGACCGCCUCUACCAGCUCCAGCCACUGGCCGCCCUGGCGCCACGCCGUGUUGCCUAUUUCUACCAAGCGAUUGUUUGCAAUAUCAAAUCAAUACCGGACGGCAAGGGCUUUAUCAGGCGGGACAACCUCAGCUUGAUCAUUGCUGGCACCCGCAGCAGCACCCCCGAUCUGCCCACAGCGAUGCUUGCUGACUUGGGUUUCAACUACGGAACCUGGUACGAUAUUGAGAGGCUCGAUCUGAACCACUGGCAUGGUCACAUACUUAGUAAACCCGUGUAUACCGCGGACUCUCUAGCACGACUCAACGCGUACCUGCUGCACAAACUACCGAAACUAAUUUCGAUAAACUACAACUCGAUGGACGACCGCCGGUACUACACCGAGUUUCCGCUCGACGGCCUGAUGGCAUCGCGGCUCAGUCAACUCCAGGAGAUCGAAGUAUUCUCCGAGACCCUGGAACGCUUGCACUUGAGGUUUUCCUCAGCAGAGUCGAUUUGGAGUCGCUUUUAUGCCGGUGGUGACUCGCAGUCGAUUGAGUUUAAACGGUUGACGUCGCUGGUGCUUGAAUACGCGGAGCCGCGGGACAGCAGCCGCGGGAAUAAUCAGGCCGUGCGGGCCGGCAGCUUGUUCAGGGACUGCGAGUGCGUAUCUGAUAAAAGUGGUGACAACAGCGAUAGCGAUGAUAGCGAUGAUGACGACGAUAUUGAGAGGAAAAUGACUGAUAGCUUGCUUGUUAGGAGGCAGUGCGUGUUCCCCAAGCUGCAGCACCUGAGUGUUUCCAAAUAUCCGCAUGCGAUCACCCGAGUCCUGCAGAACUUUGACAUUGACCAAAUCCCACACAUCAAUAUUCGCGAUAUUGCCUGUGGUUGGUCUGGUUUGCGAGCAGCCUCGGUUGCAAACAUUUCAACUUUACGCCAACGGUCGGAGCAGCGCUACCAGAAAUGGGUGAAUCGGCUGUUCUCGGUGUCCUCGCCCAUGACGAGCCUUCAUCUGGAUGCGCCGACCUCUCUUCCGGUUGCACUGCCUGACAUCAUUGGUUUGACCAACCUGGCGACACUCUCGUUCAGCAUGGAAAUGGACCUGGGUGCCAUCCCCAACUUGCUCAGCCGGCUGCCGCGGCUGCGCCAAAUGGUAACGCACAUUCACCCGGCAAGCUCGUGGUCUUCGCGUAACUGGGGCGUGCUAGAGAUUAAUAACGGUGAUAUGCUUGCUGACCUGCCACCGCUCAGCAAUAGCCUGCAGUGCUUGGUUGCGUAUAUUGGAGCUGAGCCCAAUACUGUUCGGCAAAAUAAGCGUCGGCUGGCUGAAAUGAGUGACACAACGAGCUCGACUGAAAACUGCAAGCAGGGUUUUGUGUGUGGGGAAAUGGAGCCGCUGGAUAUUGAGCGGGAAUUGACGUGGGUCAUUGCUCGCGUUCCAUCGCUUACUACGUUUAAAUCGCAGUGGUGGACGACUCGCGCUGUGACCCGUUGCAUUGACGAUUUGAUGACACAUAGCAAACUGGCGUCUCGGUUCAAGCACCUGCCCCAUGUGCAUCUGUCAACAUGGAAGUACUAAAAAAACAUAUUUUAAACAAAAUGCGGUUUAAUUAUCUCGUUAUUGGUUGUUAGCGGCAAGAGUGGGUGGAGUUUUAAAUUAUUUUAUUGACCAUAAACUUAAUGCU